UCAUCAGAACUAAGGUUCCGCCACUCGCUCUUUCAGCUACAUUUUUUGUGUGGCCGCUCUGGGCCAUGGAUUCAACCUCUAGCCGUAGCACAAUCUUUUUAUUUUCACCCAGCUAAUAAAAUCCAGAACCUGAUUAAAGAAACAGUGGCCAGAUUGGUUACGAUAUUGGAGUGAGGCGUGUUGCCCGGUGAAUGCAUAGAGUCAAGAAGGUAAAACUUUGUGAAAAUACAGGGGGUCUCUGGAAAAGCUGUGUGACCGUGGGAAUGACGGCUGUGGACGGCCUUUCGGACAGCACAGAGGUGGUUGAGAUGGAGGAUAUCCCGUCUCAGUUCUUCGUGGAGAAGCACUCUUGGGAGGGCCUCCGUGACAUUAUCCACUGUAGCAGGAAGUACUCUGGCAUGAUCGCCAACAAGGCUCCCCACGAUUUCCAGUUUGUGCAGAAGAAGGAUGAGAAUGGACUCUACUCCCACCGCUUGUACUACCUCGGAAUGCCUUAUGGAAGCAGAGAGAACUCAUUACUCUACUCGGAAAUACCCAAGAAGAUCCGAAAAGAGGCCCUGUUGGUGUUGUCGUGGAAACAGAUGCUGGAUCACUUUCAGGCCACGCCGCACCAGGGGGCCUACUCUCGAGAGGAGGAGUUGCUGAGGGAGCGCAAACGUCUCGGAGCCUUUGGUAUCACAUCCUAUGACUACCAUGCGCAGACAGGCCUGUUCCUCUUUCAGGCCAGCAAUAGCCUCUUCUACUGUCAGGACGGAGGCAGCAAUGGCUUCAUACAGUCAGCUCCUGUAAAGCCCAUGGAGAUCAAGACCCAGUGCUCUGGGACCCGCAUGGACCCCAAGAUCUGCCCCGGAGACCCCGACUUCAUGGCCUUCAUCAACAAUAACGACCUGUGGAUCGCCCACAUUAAGACUGGCGAGGAAAGGAGGCUCACUUACUGCCACAAAGGGGUGGAUAAUGUAAAGGAGGACCCCAAGUCUGCAGGUGUAGCAACAUUUGUCAUCCAAGAAGAGUUUGACCGUUUCACAGGUUACUGGUGGAGUCCCUCCGCAGUUGAAGAUUCUAACGGAGGGAAAACGGUGUACCUUCUGUAUGAAGAGGUGGAUGAGACGGAAGUAGAGAUUAUUCAUGUGCCAUCUCCAGCACUGGAGGAGCGUAAAGCGGACGCAUAUAGAUACCCGCGUACAGGUAGCAAAAAUCCCCAAGCUACCCUCAAACUGGCAGAGAUCAAGACAGACCACCAAGGAAGAAUUGUGAGCACACAAGAUAAAGAACUGGUUGUUCCCUUCACCUCCUUGUUUCCUGGGACGGAAUACAUCGCCAGAGUAGGAUGGACGAGUGACGGCAAAUAUGGCUGGGCGGUGCUGCUGGACCGCAGUCAGAGAAAACUACAGCUGGUCCUGCUGCCUCCGGCCCUCUUCAUCCCCGUCACGGAUGACCCGGCUCAGAGGCGGGAGAGUGUGGAAGCGGUGCCCAGUGACACGCAGCCAUACAUCAUCCAUGAAGAGACUACAGACGUCUGGAUUAAUGUUCAUGAUAUAUUCUAUCCUUUUAUUCAAACGGCAGAAGAUGAGUUUACUUUCAUUUGGGUGAACGAGUCUAAAACCGGUUUCAGCCAUCUGUAUAAAAUCACAUCGCUGUUACAACCGGGCUGCCGCCGUUGGACGGAGGACUACCACCACAUCGAGGGAGACUUCAAAUGUGCAAUCAAGGAGGAGUUUACACUGACCAGCGGAGAAUGGGAAGUGCUGGCCAGACAUGGUUCUAAGAUUUGGGUGAAUGAGGCAUCAAAGUUGGUGUACUUCCAGGGCACCAGAGACACGCCUCUUGAGCACCACCUCUACGUGGUCAGCUACGACUCGCCUGGAGAUGUCGUCCGACUAACCAAGCCUGGCUUCUCUCAUAGCUGCUCUGUUAGUCAGAACUUUGACUUUUUCGUCAGCCACUACAGUAACGUGAGUACGCCUCCGUGUGUUCACGUCUACAAACUGACCUGCUCAGAAGGUGAUCCACUACACAUGGUACCUGAAUUCUGGGCCAGCAUGAUGGAGUCACCAGGUUGCCCAGGAGAUUACAACCCACCAGAGAUUUUUGACUUUCCCGGGAAGUCGGGCUUCCAGCUGCACGGGAUGGUGUAUAAGCCUCACAACCUGCAGCCCGGCAGGAAACACCCGACGGUUCUCUUUGUGUAUGGAGGCCCGCAGGUGCAGCUGGUGAACAACUCCUUCAAGGGGAUGAAGUACCUCCGUCUGAACACGCUGGCGUCUCUGGGCUACGCCGUGGUCGUCAUUGAUGGGAGGGGUUCCUGUCAGAGGGGCCUGGAAUUUGAAGGAGCACUGAAAAACAAAAUGGGUCAGGUGGAGAUCGAAGACCAGGUGGAGGGGCUGCAGUAUGUGGCGGAGAAGUUUAAAUUUGUCGACCUGAGCCGCGUUGCCAUUCACGGCUGGUCCUACGGCGGUUUCCUCUCCCUCAUGGGGCUCAUUCAGCGCCCCAAUGUCUUCAAGUUGGCUAUUGCAGGUGCCCCGGUGACGGUGUGGAUGGCGUACGACACGGGCUACACAGAGCGCUACAUGGAUGUGCCUGAGAACAACCAGCAGGGCUACGAGGAGGGCUCUGUGGCUCUGCACGUGGACAAGCUGCCCAGCGAGCCCAACCGUUUGCUGAUUCUACACGGAUUCCUCGAUGAGAACGUGCACUUUUUCCACACCAAUUACCUGGUGUCACAGAUAAUCCGUGCUGGGAAGCCCUAUCAGCUUCAGGUAUACCCCAACGAGCGACAUAGUAUCCGCUGCCCUGAGUCUGGAGAGCACUACGAGAUAAUGCUGCUGCACUUUCUACAACAAUACCUCUGAAGUGAGACAACAGGGGAGAAGUGAAGUCUAGUUUUCCCCCCAUCGGUCCUCCUCAACCCCCCCCCAGCUCACCGGCCACCUUUACUCUCUGAAACCUCCGAUCUCGAAGGCACCCUGCAGCCACCGUGUCCUUUGAACUAGUCACGUAACCUUUCCACUUAGCCUCCCUCUCUCUCGCUUGCUCGCACGUUGUUACUAGCUUGUUCACUCUGCCCCCCCCCCCCCCC